ACAACUUCCGCUCUGGCGCUAACAACAAGUGAAGCUAGCCGCUGAGACUAGACGGUUGGCGUGAAAUCUGCUGAUAACACUUCUGUUGAACUGUAGCUACAAGAAAAGCACAUCUGACUGCAAUACAGCAGAAGAUACUUGGACCUGUUGAAAUGGGAGACCCCGCUCUUAAUAGAGACUGUCCCCUCGACUGCAAGGUUUAUGUUGGGAAUCUAGGAAACAACGGAAAUAAGACAGAGUUAGAAAGGGCUUUUGGAUAUUAUGGCCCUUUAAGAAGUGUGUGGGUUGCCAGGAAUCCCCCAGGCUUUGCCUUUGUAGAGUUUGAAGAUCCCAGAGAUGCAUCUGAUGCUGUGAGAGAACUAGAUGGAAGAACCAUGUGUGGCUGUCGAGUGCGUGUUGAAUUAUCCACCGGGGAAAAGCGCUCUAGAAGCCGUGGCCCCCCUCCAUCUUGGAGUAGACGCCCUCGUGAUGAAAUCAGACGGCGCAGUCCUCCAGUCAGACGCAGAUCGCCGAGGAGGAGGAGCCUCAGCCGCAGUCGCAGCAGGUCUCUUUCAAGAGACAGGCGCAGAUAUAGAUCUCUGUCCAGAGACAAGAACCGUAAGCGCUCAAGAUCCUUCUCACGGUCAAGGAGUCGCUCCCGGUCCAACGAGAGGAAAUGAAAACAUUACAGGAUGGUUGAUCUACAGGAUUCUGCAAUGGUUGUGAAAAUACAAAUUUUUAUAGUCAUGUUUUUCUUUUUAGAUUUUAUUUGCCAGCUCAAGGCAGCCUUAGGUUCUCAAAGUUACAUCUUGUGUCAUAGCAGUCUUUAGAAUUAACAACAAAGGACUUAAGUGUUUUUUCUCCUUUUUGUCAGUUCUCAUGGCAAGAUUUUCCCAUUUUACUGAAAAACAUUUUUUGCCUUCAAAUUUACUGUUCACAUAAAAUGAAUUCUGUUACCCUGCAUGUUUUAAAAUGAAAUACUGGAAUUUUUUUUUA